AUGCAAAGGAUUCAACUGAAGAGGUCUGGUAUGCAAAAAUUUCAAGAAAAAAUCUGUCCUAACAUUGCAGAGAAGAUUGACAAGAAUCUGAAACUUAGUAGGCUGUGUAUUCCCACAUGGGAUGACAAGAACAAAUAUGAAAUUGACUGUGAGCCUAGAAAAUCUGUUGUGGUGGAUUUGAACCAAAAGACUUGCACAUAUGGUUAUUUCCAGCUUACAGGUUAUCCUUGUACUCAUGCAUGUGCUGCAAUAGGAGCACGUAGAUUGCCUUUGCUUGAUUAUGUGCAUACAUGCUAUAAUAGAGAAAAUUACUUGAGAACAUAUGAGCACACUGUCACACCUGUCUCAAGUGAUAAGUACUGGGUGAGAUGUGAAGAACAACUCCCAAAUCCUCUUGCAGUUCGAAAAUUGCCUGGCAGACUCAAAAAAAGGGCAGCCGAUGAACCUAAAAAGGGUUAA